UGGCUGACCAUCCAGGGCGGGCUUCUAGGCUCUGCGCUCUUCGUCUGCUCCCUCACCGCCUUCAACAACCUGGAGAACCUCGUCUUCGGCAAGGGCUUCCAGGCCAAGAUAUUCCCCGAGAUCCUCACCUGUCUCUUGCUGGCUCUCUUUGCCUCUGGCCUCAUUCACCGAGUCUGUGUAACCACCUGCCUCAUCUUCUCCAUGGUUGGCCUUUACUACAUCAACAAGAUCUCUUCCACCCUCUACCAGUCUGCAGCACCCGUCGCUGCACCCGCCAAAGCUGUUGGCAAAGGCAGGAAGAGGAAUUGA